UAGUACUUGUUUUGUUUACAGUGUCCUCGGGGGAAUCAAAACAACAUGCUGUGUUUCAUUUAUUUAGAGAUGAGAAAAUUUCAACUGAAUAGAAAAUAGCUACCAUUUCACUUAAGUCAGUCAGUCAAUUUCAUACUAAAUAAAUUUAUGUAAUUUAAUAUAAUUUAUGUAAGGAUGUAAUUUAAUGCCUCUUUUAAAUGAAAUUGUAACUAAAACUUUAUUCCAAAGAAUAAUUCAGAUCGGAAACUUCUGUAAAAAGUUUAACUAAGUAUUACUGUGGAAAAGUAAGAUUUGUCAUGGAAAGAUUAAGUGAAAUUCCUUUUACUGAAUUAAAUGGCAAAGUUAGCGAAGAAACACUGAAUGCUGUGACAGAUAUGGGUUUCCAUAACAUGACAGAUAUUCAAGCUAGGUCUAUUAACAGAUUAUUGAAUGGCAGUGAUGCAGUUGUGGCUGCCAAAACAGGUAGCGGAAAAACUCUAGCUUUUCUCAUUCCUGCUGUUGAACUCUUGUGCAAAGUUAAGUUUUCACCAGAUGAUGGUACUGGAGUAUUGAUUAUAUCACCCACUCGAGAAUUAUCUAUACAGACAAAUCUAGUUUUACAAGAACUUUUAAAAUAUCAUGCAUUUUCAUAUGGAUGCAUCAUUGGUGGUACUAAUAGAAAGAUGGAAGCAAAAAGAUUAACUAUUGGUGUUAAUAUAUUAGUAGCAACACCAGGAAGACUGUUAGAUCAUUUACAGAACUCGUCUAAAUUUGUCUACAGAAAAUUGAAGUGUUUGAUAAUUGAUGAAGCUGAUCGCAUACUAGAUACUGGAUUUGAAGAAGAUCUUAAACAGAUCAUUCGAAUUUUACCGAAAAAGAGGCAAACACUCCUUUUUAGUGCUACACUCUCCAAAAAAACUGAGGAUUUAAUCAAAGUUUCUAUGAAAGACCAACCUUUGUAUAUUGGUAUAGAUGAUGACGAAAAAGAAGCUACAAUUGAAGGAUUAAAUCAGGGCUAUAUUUUGUGUCCAGCUGAGAAAAGAUUGCUUCUUCUAUUAACGUUCUUGAAGAAAAACAAAAAAAAGAAGGUCAUGGUUUUCUUUAGUACUACCCAAUCAGUCAAAUUUCAUUUUGAGCUAUUUAAUUAUCUAGAAUUGCCUGUAAAUUCAAUUCAUGGUAAGCAGAAACAAAGUGUAAGAACUUCUACAUUCAUGUCAUUUUGUGACGCAAAGUCUGGUGCAUUGCUGUGUACAGAUGUUGCAGCUCGUGGCCUAGACAUUCCCGAAGUUGAUUGGAUAGUACAAUAUGAUCCACCAAAUAGUCCUAAAGAAUACAUACAUCGAGUGGGUAGAACAGCAAGAGGGGAAAAUGUGAAUGGAAAUGCUGUUCUUAUUCUCUUACCUGAAGAACAGAAGUUUCUUGAGUGCUUAAAACAAGCUAGAGUGCCUUUGCAAAAUUAUGACUUCCAAUGGGAUGAAAAAAUUCUUGCUCGUCAAAGUGCCAUUGAAGAAUUAAUAUCAAAACAUCCUAGCCUACUGUCAUCAGCUAAAGAAGCUUUUAAAUCUUAUAUUCUUGCUUAUAAAGUUCGCCAUAUGAAAAAAGUGUUUGACAAAUCAAAGCUUGACUUAAAGACUAUUGCAAAAUCAUUUGGAUUCCCUUCACCACCACUUGUAAAUAUUUAAUUAAUGACUGUAAUAAAAUAAAUAAUUUUUUAUUGUA